AUGGGCUACCCUGAAGUAUUGGGCAGUACACUGACUCUGAAAGAUGACGGUCGAAUUGAAAUCGACUUGGAUUCGAAAGUCGGCAGAGAAGUGUCAAAGUUGAUUCCAUUCUUGCACUCAGAGGAGCAUCUUCCUACAUCAGAACCACCUCUCGAGACUAGGUGUGACCUUGAGCUCAAUAUUGUGAUUCAAGUUGUGGGAAGCAGAGGCGACGUCCAACCCUUUGUUGCACUGGGCAACGAACUGCAACGCCAUGGUCACCGCGUACGGCUUGCCACACAUGGAGUCUUUGAAUCGUUCGUGCGGGACUCCGGGCUAGAGUUCUACUCUAUCGGAGGCGAUCCAUCGGAGCUGAUGGCCUACAUGGUGAAGAAUCCAGGCCUGAUCCCGCAGAUGAAGUCCGUGAAGGAUGGUGAUAUUCAACGAAAGCGCGUUAUGGUUGCCGAAAUUCUACAAGGCUGUUGGAGGUCUUGCAUUGAGGAUGAUUCGGUGACAAAGACACCCUUCGUUGCCGACGCUAUCAUUGCAAACCCUCCCAGCUUCGCUCAUAUUCAUUGCGCUCAGGCACUCGGCAUUCCAUUGCAUUUGAUGUUCACUAUGCCGUGGACUAGCACAAGAUCCUUCCCUCAUCCACUCGCAAACCUCAAGUAUUCGACCACGGAGCCCAAAAUGGCUAACUAUCUGUCCUAUGGGAUUGUUGAAUGGCUCACCUGGCAAGGGCUCGGUGACGUUAUCAAUGACUGGAGAAAGUCUAUUGAUCUGGAGCAAAUAUCUGCCACCGAAGGCCCCCGUCUGGCGGAGACGUUGAAAGUUCCAUUCACAUAUUGUUGGUCGCCUACACUAAUGCCCAAACCAAAAGACUGGGCAGGUCAUCUUGAUGUUUGCGGUUUCUUCUUCCGGUCUCCGCCUGACUUCACGCCUCCUCCGGAUCUUGAUGCAUUCCUGCGCAAUGGACCCCCGCCAGUAUAUAUCGGGUUUGGGAGUAUCGUCAUCGAAGAUCCACCGGCAAUGACUGCCACUCUUGUGAACGCCGUGAAAGCAUGGGGAGGCCGCGCAGUUAUCUCGCGUGGAUGGAGCAAUCUUGGCGAAGCAGAAUCGACCGACCAAAUUUUCUAUUUAGGGGACUGCCCACAUGAAUGGUUGUUCCAAAAGGUGUCGGCAGUCGUACAUCACGGAGGAGCUGGUACCACGGCAUGUGGACUACGUUUUGGGCGACCGUCGCUCGUCGUUCCUUUCUUUGGAGAUCAACUGUUUUGGGGUAACAUGGUUGCAUCCCGCGGUAUUGGGCCCAUGCCGAUUCCACAUCGCUCUUUGAACGCCGAAAACCUCGCAGAAGCAAUCCGCUUUUGUUUGCAUCCGGACACUCUCUCGGCAGCAGAGGAACUCGCCCGCCAAAUGAGCGAAGAGGCUGGUGUAUCAGCGGCAGUCGAAUCAUUCCACCGAAACCUACCAAGAGCUGAUAUGAAGUGCCAAUUCAUCGACUCUGAGCCCGCUGUUUGGCGUUUGAAGCAAGAUCCUAAGAACUCCAUGAAUAUGUCGAAGGUUGCGGCAGGGAUCUUGAUUGAAAAUUCGCUCAUUGAUCCAAACGACCUCAAAUCAUAUGCGAGCAACCCCAUUUUUAUUCAAACACGAAGGUGGGAUCCUAUCACGGGCGGUACCUCUUCUUUGCUUGGGAUGUACAAGGACAUCCUCACAGCCUCAAGCGACGUGGUCAUCCGACCUUAUAAAGAGCUCACUCGCCCCCGGCAGGAGAGCGAGCCUGAAUUAGUCGUCAUUGAAUCGACGCGCGACGAGUCCGGUCAAAGACGACCCUCUGCGGCAACGUUCCGAUCCGGGUCUAGUAUGCAGGAUGAAGAUUGGAAGGUCGCCGGUAACGCUGUGGGAGGCUCGGCCAAGAGCGUCGGUAGAAUCAUUGCAUACUAUUACAAGGGUGUCUUGGUUGAUAUACCUGGAGCGGUCAACGAAGGGCUGAGGGCAGUGCCGCGACUCUAUGGCGAGGAUGUCAAGCGAUACGACAACAUCAAAGAUUUCAAAUCCGGCGUCGCUGCGGCUAGCGAUAAUUUUACUCAUGGGUUCUCCCACGGACUUACUGAUAUUUUCAGGCAACCUUACGAGGGAGGCCAGAAGGAUGGCAUUAAGGGAGCGAUCAAGGGAUUCGUGAAAGGCCCAAUUGGCAUGGGCACGAAGGCCGCAUCAGGUGCACUGGGCCUAGUGGCUUACCCAGGUCAGGGACUAGCAAAAAGCCUGCAUUCUGCCAUUCAUUCAAAGACAAGGAAGGAGAUUGUGAAAGCGCGAUUAAAUGAGUCGCAAUAUCUUGCCCGGGAGUCGUCAAAAGCUCAAACUAUGAGUGCGUAUGUUCUUGAUGCAUUUGAGGUUCAGCGGCGGCCUCUGGAGUCUCGGGGCUCAAGGUGA